AUGCCCGCCCAAGCCUUAGCAGAGUCUUAGCCGCUAAGAAGAAGAUGGCAGAUGAAACCGAAGAUGAGAUUCCUGAAUCUGGAGCCAUUUUCACCUUUGGAAAAAGCAAGUUUGCUGACAAUGUGCCUAGCAAAUUCUGGUUGAAAAAUGAUAAAGCUGUGUAUAUUUCCUGUGGAGAUGAACAUACAGCUCUUAUUACAGAAAAUGGGAAAUUAUACGUGUUCGGCAGUAACAACUGGGGCCAACUAGGAUUGGGAACAAAGGACACAGUGUACAAACCCACAUGUGUCAAAGAAUUAAAAUCUGAAAGAGUGAAACUGGUUGCUUGUGGGAGAAAUCAUACGAUAGUUUGCACAGAACAGUGUAAAAUGUAUGCAUGUGGUGGUAAUAACGAAGGGCAGUUGGGUCUAGAUGACGCUCAGGAGAGAGACACUUUCCAUCAAAUAAAAUUCUUUACAGGAAAAUUUAAAAUUAAGCAACUUGCCGCAGGAUCCAACAUCUCUGCAGCAUUAACAGACGAUGGGCAACUUUAUAUGUGGGGUGACAAUUCAGAAGGUCAAAUCGGCUUGGGCAAUGAGAGUGGAGCUUAUGUUCCUCAAAAACUAGACAUUAAUAAAAAAGUGACAUGGGUUUCCUGUGGCUACUAUCACUCAGCUUUUGUAACAGCUGAUGGAAAGCUAUACACAUUUGGAGAGUCUGACAAUGGAAAACUUGGGUUACUCCCUGAGCAAUUAAAUAACACCAGAGUUCCGCAGGUUGUGAAUGGAGUUUCUGAUAGAGUUAAACAAGUUGCCUGUGGAGGAGGCCACACAGUAGCACUUUCAGAUGAUGAUGUAUACACAUUUGGCUUUGGUCAGUAUGGACAAUUAGGUCAUGGCACUUUUACUUUUGAGUCCUCCUUACCAAAAACUGUGUCACACUUUCAGAAGAAAAAAGUGAAACGGGUAGCAUGUGGGGAGAACCAUACAGCUGUAAUCACCGAAAAUGGCCUUCUGUAUACGUUUGGAGAUGGGCGACAUGGCAAGCUUGGUCUUGGAGAUGAAAACUUCACUAACCAGUUCAAACCAACUUUAUGCUCUAGAUUUAUGAAAUAUUCAGUGUUGCUGGUUGCUUGUGGAGGAUGCCACAUGCUUGUUCAUGUUGUCCCAAGACCUAAAGAUGCUGAACCUGUCAUUAUCCAGCAAGAUGAAAUAAAUGACAACUAUCUUGAAAAGUCUUAUAUUGAGUUCAAAGGGGACACUGCUUCACCCGGUACUCUACGGAGGACAUUAUCUGCACGUGACAGGCGAAGGGAAAGGGAAAUAUCUCCAGAGAAGCCUGGUACAAUGAUGCUUACCUUGCCUCCUCUAGGCUCUAAUUUCUUGAACUCCUCUCUGCCCGUUGGAAGUCGUACUGUACCAGCGAGAUUUCCUGGUAUGGAUGUUCCUGACUCUAAGCCAGUUAACCAAGUUCCCCAACAGGCAAAGUUAUUAAAGCGGGAUUCAUCUGGUGAUGGAAUUGUGUCAUUGACUAAAAGUUCUGUAGAUGAUGACAGUGGUGAUGAGAAAGGCCUUGGAAAAACAACAGAUUUAUUUAAUAUGACACAUGUAAUGAAGCUGGAUGCUAGUGAGAAGUCUUUAACAUUAUCACCUGUUCAGAAACGAAAGACAAAUAAAACUGUCAGAAGUGGUAAGAAAUUGGAAAUAAGCCCCAAUCUCUCACCUGAAAAGCAGAAAUCCACUAAUGAGGUGAUAUCACAAUUUGCAGGCAGUCCUCCACCAACAGAAGCUUUGUUUGUAUCCAAGCCAGGAGUCAGUAGGACUAUUCAUAAAAAUGCUACAAAGAAAAAAAUGUUUGGGAAACGCAAACUGAUAGAAGUACAAGGUUCAUCACAUGUUCCUGAAAGCAUGAAUGAAUUCAAUAAGACAAACAUAAAAUCUGGUAAAACGUUUAAAGUAAAAAGUAAGCCACAAGUGUUGAAUGAAGAGGUUACAUAUAGCUCUGAUUUGACACUUGCUACUGGUUUUUCAGAACAAACCAAAGAUCUUGACAUACUCAAAGUAAAGUCAAAACAAAACCACAAAAAUAUGGAUGAAAAAAUUAAAUUGAAUUCAAAGUAUGAGCAUUUUGGUAAUCCAAACCUUUGUAAAAAGAAGGCAAAACCAUCCUCAGAUAUAGCAGAAGUUGUUUCAGAAAGUGGACCUAUUGAAAAAAGUUGUGAUGAGUUAAAUGCUAGAAGACCAAGCAAAGCAGAAAGGUUCACAAAACAAAAGGCAGUUACUUUGUCUUCUUCAAGUGAUCAGAGUGAUUCUGAGGAUGAGGGCAAUGCCUGUAAUACUUUAAAGGCAGAAUUUCAGUAUAUUGUUGAUAUGGGAAGCAACAACAGAGAGCUUAGUUCAGCAGCUGGGGAAAUGGCUGAAGAGGAAAACACUGAAGUGAUGGAAGUGAUUGCAGGUUCUUUAGUAGAAGGUCAAGCUGUCACUGAGGUUUGCCACUAUGAAGUCGAACACACAUCGAAUGAAGAAGAAGAAGAAUCAAGUAACAUAAUGGAAGAAGGUCAAAGUAGUAUGGAGGAGAACAAAGAUCACAAAGUUGUAUAUGAAGAAGAAGGUGAGUGUGAAGAAAGGGAGGAAGAAAAUAGAUCUGAAAUCUGUGAUAUAGAAAAAGAGGAAGAAGAUGAAUCUAGAGAAAUGCAUAUGGGAGAAAGUGAUGAAGAAAAAGAGUUAAAAGAAGAUGAAAUAGAAGAUGAGGAAAAUGUUGACUGUGAAGAGGAAGUGGUAGAGGAACUGCAGGAAGAAGAAGAAGAUGAAGAAGAAGAAGAAAUGUGUGAACAGGGUGAGGAAGAGGUGGAAGAUGUUUCCAUGCAAGAGGAAGAAGUAAGCGAAACCCAAUCAAAAAGUGAAAAUUCUGAAGAUGAAGAGAGCGACGAAGAAGAUGAAGAGAGCGACGAAGAAGAUGAAGAGAGCGACGAAGAAGAUGAAGAGAGCGACGAAGAAGAUGAAGAGAGCGACGAAGAAGAUGAGAGUGAAGGCGAAGAAGAGGGAGAAGGAACACACAAUAGUGAAGAAGGGGAGGAGGGGGAGGAAGAGGAAAUGGAGGAGAGGGAAGGGAAGGACAGGGAGGAAGAGGAAGUGUAUGGUGGAGAAGAGAAUGAGGAGGAAGAGUUACAAGAAGAAGAAGACAAAGAUGAAGAAGAGUCAGAAGAAAUUGAAGAGGAGAAUGAAGAGGAGAAUGAAGAGGAGAAUGAAGAGGAGGAUGAUGUUGAAGAUGAAGAGGAUACUGAUGAAAGUGAAAAUGAGGGCACUGAGGAAGAGGAGGAAUCUGUGACAGAAAGUUCACAAUCCAGGAAAAACUCCAAAACAACCAAAAGUAUUCAAGGUACAAAAAAAGGUACCAGAGAGGUUGCACAAGCCUUAAAGACAAAACAGAAGCUUUCUGGAAAAGAGCAGUUGGGAAAUGGAAUCCACAACUCACAACAGUUUUGGACAAAUGUGCUUCCACAUUACCUAACACUUAAGUAAGAUUCCCUAUGUAAGCACAAAUAACGCUGGCCUUUGCUGAGUAGAUUUGUGUAACAGAAUGAAUACAUUGUUCCUUAUCAAUACCCAUUUUUCUCAUCAUGACAAUAUUAUGCUGUUUUUUAGGUUUUGGUGAAUAUGCACACUUGAAACGGAUCUGUCCAAAGCACUGAUUUAGAGACACAUUUUGCUGUAGACACCAUUAUUAGCACUGCACUGUACACUUAUGCUGAUGAUUAUUUAAUGUAAGUAGAAUGUGCAAGCUUCAAUGAAACUGUGUAAAUACUUACACAAAACUCUUUAAUACUGAGUGAAGUAGGCAAACAUAUAAUGGACCUUUCAUAUUGUUUACCAGUUGGUUUCACCAGCGUUGCAGCCAUCACAGCAUAGACUCUCUGCCUUAACUCUUCUAAUUCUUUUGGGUUUCCUUUUGCCUUCUUGCUUUAAUACCAUUUUGCAGUUUUAACGUUAAAAAAAUACAUUGUUUUGUAAAAAACAUUAAGUACAAAUGAAGAUGAAUGAAAUGGUAAUGCCUUAAGAAUUGGAAGUAUAAUUCUUUUCCUCAACAGUCUUUUGUUGGUUACUCAUGCAGGCUUCAAGAAAUGCACCUCCUGUUCAUGAUGAUGAUAAUCUUUACUUUACU